CGCCUGUCCCCGCCCCCCUCGGCUGGGCGCACAUGCGCAGUGCGCGCGGCGGGCCGAGCCUGCUCCCUCCUCGCCUCGCUCCUUCCUCCCCUCCCUCCUUCCUGGCGGCCGGGGCGCCACUGACAAGACCGACAAGAGCGGCGACCGAGACCGGCGCGGGCGGCAGAAGAAGGGGGAACGGGCACCACCGCCGACCGCCAACCACCACGACGACGACGAGGAGGAGGAGAGGCCGCUCCGCCAGAGCCCCGCGCCCUCUCCGCGCCCCCCCGCCUCCCUCCGCGCGGGAGGGGGCCGCACCCCUCCCUGCCUCCCUCCCCGGCGCUGCGAAGCCGCCUCCCUCCCAGCCCUUGGCGGGGCCCGCCGCCGGCGGCCGCUCGGAUGGAAUGAAUCUUCCUUGUUGAAUGCAUACGGUCUACUUGCUGGAGCUUGCUUGUUCUUUGAGUUGAAGCCACUUCGUGGCAGGUUGAAUUGUGGAUCCCUGAAUCCCUAGUCUGCUUGUCAAGAGGAAGACAGCUGAAUCACGUUAACCUGACAUCACAGCCACCAUGGUGCUGUCACAGAGGCAACGAGAUGAACUAAAUCGAGCGAUAGCAGAUUACCUUCGUUCUAAUGGCUAUGAAGAGGCGUACUCUGUUUUUAAAAAGGAAGCAGAGCUUGAUGGGAAUGAAGAGUUAGAUAAGAAGUAUGCUGGGCUCUUGGAAAAAAAAUGGACAUCGGUUAUAAGAUUACAAAAGAAGGUUAUGGAAUUAGAAUCCAAACUAAAUGAAGCUAAGGAAGAAUUCACAUCAGGUGGGCCGCUUGGCCAGAAACGAGACCCUAAAGAAUGGAUCCCUCGUCCUCCAGAAAAGUAUGCAUUGAGUGGUCAUAGGAGUCCUGUCACAAGAGUGAUUUUCCACCCAGUUUUCAGUGUCAUGGUCUCUGCUUCAGAGGAUGCGACAAUAAAGGUAUGGGAUUACGAGACGGGUGAUUUCGAACGAACCCUGAAAGGCCACACAGACUCUGUGCAAGAUAUUUCUUUCGACCACAGUGGCAAGCUAUUGGCUUCCUGCUCUGCAGAUAUGACCAUUAAGCUAUGGGAUUUCCAGGGAUUCGAGUGUAUCAGAACCAUGCAUGGUCAUGACCACAAUGUUUCAUCCGUAGCCAUCAUGCCCAAUGGGGAUCAUAUAGUGUCUGCCUCAAGGGAUAAAACCAUCAAAAUGUGGGAGGUUCAAACAGGUUAUUGUGUGAAGACUUUCACAGGGCACAGAGAAUGGGUCCGUAUGGUGCGACCUAACCAGGAUGGCACCCUGAUUGCCAGUUGUUCUAAUGAUCAGACGGUGCGUGUUUGGGUGGUAGCGACAAAGGAGUGCAAAGCUGAACUCAGAGAACAUGAGCACGUGGUAGAAUGCAUUUCUUGGGCUCCUGAGAGCUCUUAUUCCACCAUAUCGGAAGCUACGGGAUCCGAGACGAAGAAGAGUGGUAAGCCCGGGCCUUUCCUGCUUUCUGGAUCUAGAGACAAGACCAUUAAGAUGUGGGACAUUAGCACUGGCAUGUGCCUUAUGACACUGGUGGGCCACGAUAACUGGGUUCGUGGUGUCCUGUUCCAUUCUGGGGGGAAAUUUAUUUUGAGCUGCGCUGAUGACAAGACCUUGCGUGUCUGGGACUACAAGAACAAAAGAUGCAUGAAAACUCUCAAUGCGCACGAACACUUUGUUACCUCGUUGGAUUUCCACAAGACAGCGCCCUACGUGGUCACCGGCAGCGUAGAUCAAACAGUGAAAGUGUGGGAGUGCCGUUGAUUUGAAUCCACGCCUGGCCCCGCCCCCUCCCCCCCUCCCUUCUGGAUGCACUCGGAUACCAUGGUCACCCAUUGAGCUCUGUUUAAAAUAAAUAUUGUCCUUUCAUGUAAAUUAUUCUGGAUGUAGAUUGAGCUUAUUAAAUGUUACACACAAAGUAUUCAUGCAUGGUGAAUCCAAAUUGUAUACUGUAAAUUUACAUACGUUGUCUAGAAGUACCAUAGGUUUUACGAAUACGGGCUGGCAUUGGUCACAUCAGACCUGAGAAGGCAGAAGCUGGUUGGUUGCAUUAGGGGCACUUAAAAGAGGUGAGAGCAAAAUCAUCUUGACACCCGUUUUUCUUCUUUUCGGGUGGUGCCUGUAAAUGGUGACUCUCAUAUGGGAUGGGGGGGGGCCUCUUGCAGUAACAGACACACCUCUCUCUGUCACAUCACUUAAGUGUGUUUAAGAAAUCUUCUCAAAGGGUACUAGAUAAACAAGGCUGCAAUUUAGAAUCUUACAUAAUUAAUGGAUACUAAUUAAAGUUGGGUUCUUUUUGUCAUUAUAUAUUUGCCAAAUCAAUAGUUGGUUUUUUUUCGGCUUCCUAUCAAGUUUAAAAAAAUGGUUUAGUCUUCAAGCUGCAAAACGGAGAGAGACCUCGGUAUGAUGUGAUGUCUUGUCUUGUUUUUAAAACCUGGUCAUUGGAGUUCUGUUGCAUUCUAACACUUGGCACUUAACACUUUCCAUGCAAAAGAUGUUUUAGGGAGGCCAUCAGUUUUUGCUUGACUUCUGCUCUUAAGCUUCUGGCCGAUGGCCCAGCUGCUGGCUUUGGCUAUGGUUUCUGCAGAGUGCUGUCCAGAGUUGUGUCCCUUCCUUGCUCUCCAGAGGUCAGUGCGAGUGCAGCGAGCUGGGCAACAUUGCAGUGAUCCCCAUUCUCUCUGGCUGAAGUCGGGACUCGGUGCCAGGGAGUGGAGACGCCUUUGCAAGCAGUGGCAGCUGGUGGCACCCUGGGCGGUUGGAUCCUGCGGAGGACAGCAGAGCACACAGGAUCCAAAGAGGAACACAGCCCCUGUGCAAGCAGAGUUCUCUGCACAUCAUUUUUUAAAAAUCAGCAGAAUGUUCAUUUCAGAGUGGAAAUACUUUUUCAGUUGGACAAGCCUAUAUUCCAAAAGACCAGAAAAUGCACAAGCAUUUUAAUGGGCAUUUUGGGCCAAAUUGCAUUGCAGGUAAUGAAGAGUUUCUGGUCCUUAACUAACCAGGUCUCUUUAGAUCCCUUUGAGGUAUGUAGUGAACUGCCAGCCUGACAUUUUAGCGUGGAGAGAUUUUUGUUUUAUUUGCUCUGUUCAGUGGAGGGACUUUUAAGAAUGGUCCCUUUUUAAAAAGAAGUAUGUAAUAGCAAAGGAACACUUGAGUUUGGGAGGGUUUAAAUGCACGCCAAGAGAAAUGCCAAUUCACCCCCAAGGUUUUGUGAUCUGGCAUCUUGUUGGAGGGUUUAGUUGAUCAGUUGCAGUUAGGGCUGUGAAGGGGGUGUGUUUGUGUGCAGGGUAGCAGACAGCCACGUUUCUUGAUCAGCCACCAUGUUCCACAAGUGAAUCUUGCACACUUGAGGUCUUACUUUUGUUUUUAAACUGUGUUUGACUGGAAAUGGUUAAUCUGCUCUUUUCCCUUCUUUCCCCUCAAGAACUUCUGAAUCUAUAGUGGGCACAGGGUUAAUGGUUCCUGUUAAUAGCAGUCAAGUGUUUUCCUGGCAAGGUGUACCAAUUCUAGCUAUUUUUUAAGAGUUCAGAUAAACCACGUGUAUUUCCACAACUAGAGGAGCAAAGGUUCUGUAUCUAGCAGUGGAGUUCUCUGCUGUGUUCCUUCCUCCACCCCUUUGCUUUUUCAGGAAGUUCAGGGUCCCUUUGGCAGCCUUCUUCUGGGCUUGGGAGGGAGCCCUCCCUGCUUUGGCUGACCUGCAAGCGGCAGGGUUGUUUAGCCUCCUGCACAGGAGAUAUUUGGGGAGGGUUCUGAACUGGAUCAGCAGUUUCUGACCUAGUUCUUAAAACAAAGGGGGAAAGCUGAAUGAACGGGUCGGAAGUGGUGGUAUCGGCUGUGGAACCAUUUCUUAAAGGCUUCCGCUCUCGUGUGUUUUUUUCAACUUUUUUUCUGGCUGUCCAAUCCUGUGCCUUUUCUGUAUCGAGUCCAAAUGCUUAGUUGGUUUGGUUCAUAAAAGGAAUUGUUGGAAGGUGUCCAGUGAUUCAUAGUUGGAAAUACCUUUUUUGUUGUGUAAAAAAGACAGGUUUUUAAAAAAUCAAAAGAAGGUGCCAGAUUCCUAGACAAACCACGCCCCGUGUGUCCCCCCCCCUUGGAAAGAGGCUGCAGACAGACACCCCCCCCCACUCCCACAAACAUUCCAGGACCACGUGAAUUGACACUUGCCCAGUUCUUUCGCUUUCUCUCUCUCUUUUUUUUUGGAAAGUGCAGAGUUCUUUGAGGUUUGGACACAAUCUGAAAACUGAUGUCUCAGCGCAUCUUGCACUUUACAAUUUUUUUUGUUGUUGAGCAAAAAAAAUUAUAUAUAUAAGCCGUCCUGCUUUUGUGUGUGGUGUGACCAAUGAUGUGCCCAGGGCACUAAUAAUUAAAAAAAAAUAGUUGCUAGCAAGUUGUCAAAGAGCACUGUAGCAUUUUGAAAGCUUUGGCUAUUGCCUCACCAAGCCCCCCCACCCCCGCAUCUUCUGUCAGCCUCUUGCUUCUUCUCCUGUUGACUACUUCAGUUUCUCUGUGAAUUGAAUUACCUAUUACAUCACUCUUAAAUAGCUUUCUCUCUUCUUCCUCCUUCCUCACUGUUUCCUUCUCUUCCCUCUCCAAACUCAUGAAAGCUAUUUAAAAGGAAAAAUCUGGGGUCUUGGUUUCAUGGCUAGCAGAGGCUUGGUAAUCCUGAGACUUUUUUGGAAUGGAAAAUUUAUGGAAUGUGAAUGGAGGAAAAAAUAAAGUACUCAGUAAUUCCGUAUUCUCAAUCCAGCAGACUGUCUAAUGCAGAACUUGUUUCAGCGGCAGAAUGAUGUACAUAUAAUAGGGGAAACUGGCUUAGAAGGAUGGGGGAGAGGGGGGGGGGGGGGGGGACGGACGACGACAGACAAUUGAGCCAGGAUGCUAACUGGCCUUUUUAUUCUCUUUCCACUUGUGUCCCUGUAAAGGAACUGCUUUUUCUGGCCUAAACAUUAUCCCUUCCAGCUUUCCAAAGUUUAUUCUCAAGAGUUAGCGAAAUCUUCCACUUUCUUUAGAGGGAGAUACUGACAUGAACACAAGCCGUCUUAACCCCGCCCCCCCCCCUCCC